AUGGACAAGUAAAUGACACUAUACAGGCGAGGCUUUGUCGUGUUACGCUGAACAUCUAACACAACAUGUGUGAUUUAAUGACUGAUGGAAUUGGGGCUAGUGAAGUUAUAACUGCAGACAUACCUGAUACCAGCAGUGCGAUAAACGUGGACCCUGGAACAGAUGGACAGCCUCAACGCUCUGAGCUGAGAGUGAAACAUGCACAACAGGAUUCUCCAGAGGGGGACUCGUUAGGAGGGACUCUCGUUACAUACACACAUAAACAAGGCGAUUUCAUACAUCGAUUUGAGGAAUUUGAAUUAUACGAACAAUCUCUUCUGCGAGACAGCCUUAAAGUGAGACAAAAUGACCAGCUGGUCAUAAUGGAUGAAAUCAUGGUGAACAAUCUGGAUCAUCAAGCUGUUGUGAAUCUGUUUCUCAACUUAAAGAUUGGGCUCGAGCAUGUUAUGGUGGUUGGGAAUUAUCAGAUGUCUAGUGACACCCUUCGGCAGAUAACAUUCUCAUUGUACGGUUUCAUUAAAGAGGAACCAAAGAAAGAGGAAGAGAACGUGAAAAUUCUCCACGUAGAGAAUCACAGGGAAGCAUCAAUGUCUAUGAAAACAGAAACCGAAGAUGAGAUUUCCAUUUCACUGACGGCCGAACCACAUUUGUAUCUUUAUAAAGACCUGUCAUUUAAUACGACCGGCUGUGUUGAGAAAGAAGUAUCAGCUCAUUUCAAAAGACAGCGGUCAUACACUUUUGUUGGGUUCGAUGUUGUGCCAAUCACAACAUUUCAACAAAAGGAUACCGGGUUUCUUGCUAUUGACGAGAACGGCACGGUGGAACAACUUCCGAAACCCAAUCCAAAUGCCCACUUCGUUGCCAACUAUAAUGACUGGAACACCUGGUAUAUUAAAUCAAGACAGAAUGGGAAGUUCCUUGGUAUGGAGAACGGACGACUAUGUUCUAUACGUACCGAUCAGCAUGGCCUUUUUCUACUUAACACUAUCGGCUCCAACCGCUGAUAAUAGAGACUGAGCCAUGUGUCCAAGAAAGCGACACAAUCGAAUACUGAACGCUUGUGUUUGAUACAAAUUAGAAUCACUGGAAUAUAACCUGUACAUAUAUUAAAGAUAACAGUCAACAUUUGAACCUUCAUUGUGUUGAAAAAGCUGCAAUGCUGUGACGUGGAAGCGCUGCAACACUGUCAGUAAAAUCAUCGUUGUCAUCUGUUUAUUUUAUUCAUCUACAUUCUACCUUGUAUAUCAAAGGACACGUUUGCUUGCUUUCCUUCAUAUUUCAAUCAAUGAGUAUCUUAUCAAUUAAGUUGAAAGCAGUGCUUUUUGUUUAAAGUGGAUUUCGUCGUGCAGAAUUGAAGUUAGUUUUGUCUUUGUUAGUAAUGAUCUGAGACUAAUAUACAUAGAAAACAUUCAUGUCGCAAUAUAAUGUUAUACUGUGAUCCAAAUAAACAUUUCUAUAAGCGUUAA